UGGGAGGGGGGGCUGUACUGGGGGCACUGGUGUGCUCUAGGAUCCAGGGUGGGGUCCAGGGGAGCUGAGGGAGCUGAACUGGGAGGACUGGUGGUGAGUGGGUGCCAAGCGUGGAGCUGCACUGGGAGCACUGGUGUUUCCUGGUGAGCACCCCCAGCCAUGGCGCUGCUCCCUGCCGUCCGCCUGGCCUGCCUCCUGCUCCUGGUUGACCUGGUGGUGCUGGCGGCGCUGGCCCAGCUGGCCCCGGCGCUGGCAUGGUUGGGCCUGGCAGCUGCCUGGCUGGAAGCCGGACUCCGGCUGCUGGCGUUUAUCGUGGCCGGGUGGCUCCUGGCGCCGGGGGGUCCCCAGGGCGCCGCCGUCGUGCUCAGCCUCAGUCCAGCCAUCUUCCUCACCCUCCGGAGCCUCCUGGUGCCUUAUGGUGCCGCACCGGCGCUGCUGGCCACGGCCACACCAUCAUGGUUGGCCUUGACCCACGUCACAACUGCCGCGGCGCUGCUGACUUGGGCCACGCCGGCGCCCGGCGAGGCCGUGGGCACCAAGUCGCCGGUGGCCGUGGGGCGGCUGCUGGCGCUGGCACGGACCGAGUGGCCUGUCCUCGGUGGUGCCUUCCUCUUCCUGGUGUUGGCCGUGCUGGGUGAGUCCGCGGGGCCGUAUUGCACCGGCAAAGCCCUGGAUGCCGUCAAGCACGGGGAUGGACCCACCGCCUUCACCAUCGGCCUGGUCAUCGCCGCUGAUUUGGGCAGCUCGCUGUUCGCUGGCUGCCGUGGGGGUCUCUUCACCUUGGCGCUAGCCCGGCUCAAACGGAACACCCGCUACCGGCUCUUCUCCUGCCUGGUGCGCCAGGAUCUGGCCUUCUUCCAGAAGACACCGGCAGCCAAACUGUCCGCCCGGUUGGCCAACGACGUGCCCCUGUUGUGCAACGCGGUGCCGAGCAGCGUCAACGUGGCGUUGCGGAGCUUGGUGACGGUGGUGGGGUUGGGUGGCUUCAUGGUGGGGCUCUCGCCCCGCCUGGCGCUGCUGGCGCUGCUGGAGGUGCCCCUCGCCAUCACCGCGCGCAAGGUCUACAAUGCCCGGUACCAGGUGCUGCAGCGAGCCAUGCUGGAUGCCACGGCCAACACGGCGGCGGUGGUGCAAGAGGCAGUCUCCUCCAUCGAGACGGUGCGGACCUUUGCCGGGGAGGAGGAGGAGGAGCGCCGUCACAGCCAGGCACUGGCCGAGAUGCUGGGGCUGAAGGACCGGAUGGACGUGGAGAAGGCGCUCUUCACCCUCGUCCGGCGGGCGCUGCAGCUGGCUGUGCAGGUGCUGGUGCUCUGCUAUGGGCACCGGCAGCACUCUGAGGGGACCAUCACCACCGGCAGCCUCGUCACUUUCCUCCUCUACCAGGAUAAAGUCAGCCGCCACGUGAUGGCACUGGUCUUUGGCCACGGCGACUUGCUGAGCAAAGCAGCAGCCGGCCGCAAGGUCUUGGAGUACCUGGACCGGGAACCCACCGGGGACAGCGGGGGUACGUGGGCGCCCACCACGCUGCGGGGCCACGUCUCCUUCCAGCGCGUCUCCUUUGCCUACCCCAUGCACCCCAAGCACCUCGUCCUGCAGGACGUCUCCUUUGAGCUGCGCCCUGGUGAGGUGACGGCGCUGGCAGGGCUCAAUGGCAGCGGGAAAAGCACCUGCGCGGGGCUGCUGGAGCGCUUCUACGAGCCCGGGGCCGGGGAGGUGCUGCUGGACGGGGUGCCGCUGCGGGACUACGAGUACCACUACCUGCACCGCCAGGUGGUGUUGGUGGGGCAGGAGCCCGUGCUUUUCUCCGGCACCAUCCGAGACAACAUCACCUUCGGGCUGGAGGGCUGCACGGAGGACGAGGUGAGAGCGGCCGCCGCUGCUGCUGGUGCCCUGGACUUCAUCUCGGCGCUGGACCAGGGCUUCAACACCAGUGUGGGGGAGAAAGGGGGGCAGCUCUCAGCAGGGGAGAAGCAGCGGAUCGCCAUCGCCCGGGCCCUGGUGCGGCAACCCACCGUCCUCAUCCUCGACGAAGCUACCAGUGCCCUGGAGAGGGAGGGCGAGGAGGCGCUGCAGCAGUGGGUGCGGAGCUGGGGGACCCGGACGGUGCUGCUCAUCACCCACUGCCCGCGGAUGCUGGAGGCGGCCGACCGCGUCGUGGUGCUGGAACGCGGCACCGUGGCCGAGACGGGGACGCCUGCUGAGCUGCGGCACCGCUGUGGGCCCUACAGCCGCCUGCUGCAGCGCGCUCCUGGCACGGGGUGGCCAGAGACGACGGGGACGGGCUGCGGGGAAUAGCGGCUGGCUCCUGCCCCAGGGGCUGGGCAGAAGGGGCCUGCUCCCAUCGGGAUGGAGAUUUGUACAAAAUAAAACAGAACUGCUGCGGAGGGGAGCUGGCUGGCUUGCAGGGGUGGGGGAAAAGAGCCUUGGUCACAGACCCUACACACCGCACCGUGCCGGAGAAAACCAACUCUACCCCAGCCAAACCCAGCCCAGCCCUUGACCCGAGGCUGCGAGAACAGCCCCGCCACUGUUAGAGGAGAAACAGCCUGUUGGAAGGUGGAAUCAGCAUUUAUUGUGUGAACCAGGAAAUGUACGCAUGCAGAAGAAAUCAAUUGCAACCUUGAAAUUUGUCAUCAUUGCAGUGCUCAACUUAAAAA